AUGAAACAGGUCGAGCUCAUCCAAGUUCUAAGGAGCUACUUGCAGAACAAAAGGUAUGUACUUGUUCUUGAUGAUGUAUGGAGCACACAUGUAUGGAAUUUCAUAAGAAAUGCAUUGCCUGCUAGCAAUUAUAAUAGUAGGGUAAUGAUCACCACACGCAAAGAUGAUGUCGCAUCAUCUUCUUGCGUUGGACUCUCCGAUCACAUCUACAAUCUUCAACCUCUGCCUCCAAGAGAGGCUUGGUCUCCGUUUUGCAAGAAGGCAUUCCAUUCGAACUACGAGAAUUGUUGCCCUCCUGGAUUGAAGAGGCUUUUUCAAAGCUUUGUAGAUAAAUGCCGAGGAUUACCACUUGCGAUUGUCACAUUGGGUAGUCUUCUGUCCAUCAAGGACAAGACGUAUGUUGAGUGGGAGAUGAUUCACCGAAGCCUUGGAUCGGAGUUUGAAAGCGAAGACAAUCUUAGAAGCCUUGGUCCCCGUUUUCAAUGA